AUGUGUGACCAGCAGCAGAUUCAGUGUUGCCUGCCGCUCCCCCAGUGCUGUGUGAAGGGUUCCUCCUUCUACCCCUCCCAGUUCCCCAGUGCCAAGAGCCAGGUGGUGGUCGAAGCCCCUUGUGAGAUGCAAAUUGUGGAGUGUCCCACAUCAUGCCCAGUUCAAGUUUCCCAGGUAAAAUGCCAGGCUCCAUGCCAGUCCCAGACUACGCAGGUGAAGUGCCAGGCUCCAUGCCAGUCUAAGACCACCCAAGCAAAGUGCCAGGCUUCAAGCCAGUCUAAGACCACCCAGGUGAAGUUCCAGGUUCCAUGCCAGUCUCAAAUUUCCAGUGUUCAAUGCCAGGCCCCAUGCCAGCCUGAGGUGUCCUGUGUGCAAUGUGAAGCUCCAUGCCCUGUUCAGACCUGCUAUGUAGAAUGUGCUCCAGUUUGUUAUACAGAAACUUGUUAUGUGGAAUGCCCAGUCCAGACCUUUGUACCCCGUCCAGCUCCUCAGCCUGUCCAGACUUACGUGGCUUGUCCCCCAGUUUCCCAGACUCAGGGAAGAUUCUUAACCCCGUGCCAGAAUCAGGGCUCCCAUGGCAGAUAUGUCCUGCAGCGUCAGUCCCCGGCUUCCUACAGCAACUGCGUGCCACAGUUCCAGUCCGGGACUUACUACAGCACCUGCGCCCCUCAGCGUCAGUCCCGGGCUUCAUUUAGCACUUGUGCACCCCAGUGCCAGGCCCGAGGCUCUUAUGGGAGCUUCCCCGCCCAGCGUCGCUCCCAGAGCACCAGCAGAUGCCUCCCUCCUCGCCAGCUGCAACCUUCUUACCGCAGCUGUUCCCCUCCACGACGGUCUGAACCCUACUACAGCAGCUGGCUGCCAUCAGCAUGUUCUUCGAGUUCCUAUAACUACUGCACCCCACCGCGCCGCUCUGAGCCCAUCUAUAGCAGUGGCUGUCCUCGGGGUCCCACUUCAGGCUGCUCUCGCAGAUGUGGUCCCAAGUGCCGGAUAGAGAUUUCCUCCCCCUGCUGCCCCAGGCAGGUCCCCCCGCAAAAGUGUGCGGUUCAGAUUCCCCCCAUCAGACGCUGCUCUGAGAGUUGUGCCCCACGACCUUCCUGGGGUGCCUCCUGCCCGGAGCUGAGGCCACGUGUAGAGUCACGUCCACUCCCAAGUUUCUGUCCACCACGGCGUCUGGACCAAAGUCCAGAGAGAUCACUGCAGCGAUGCCCACUUCCUGCCCCACGUUCAUGUCCACAUCCUGCUCCACGGCCAUAUCCACGGCCAUAUCCACGCCCAGAACCACGUGCAAGGCCAGAGCCCCGCCCAUGUCCUCCACCACGGCAACGUUCCGAACCCUGUCUGUGUUCAGAACCAUGUCCAGCCCCGCGCGCAGUCCCACAUCCUAGACCAGUGCAGCGUGAAUUUCCCGAGUCACGUCCAUGUCCACCGCCCUGUGAGCUCCCAGAACCUUAUUCACUUCCAGAGCCAAUUCCCCUUCCAGCACCCUGCCCGAGCCCAGAGCCCUGUGUGGAGCCUCGGCGCUGUCCCAGCAGCCCAUGCUCGGGACCAAAUCCAAUCCCACGCCCGGGAGACCUAGGCUGUCAUGAGUCCAGCCCGUGCCGCCUGGACACCGAGGCCCCCAGCUGUGGCCCAGCUGGUUAUAACCAGUGGCAAAGAAGUGGUGACAGCUUUGGACCUUGUGACGGGAUUCCAGAGCCACAGGGUUUCAGUGAUUGUGGAGACCAAGGAGGCACCUGUGUUGGACUGAAAGGAGGUUCUUCUGUUGGAACAAAGGGGGCUUAUUUUUAA